UGUGUAAUGCUGCAGUGGGCCACUCGCACCACCCCGGGAGCAGCCGCCAGUGGACAAGACCAGUCAGCUGCUGGGGGGGCUCCUAUACAAAACCGGGCAGCUCCUCGGAUCAGACUUCUCGCCUUUCGCUCCGGCCCCCCUUUUUCAUGGUUCUCCGAGCUCGCGUGGGCAUCCUCGGCUGGGAGGUGGUCCCUUGCCCCCUUGCUCGUGUUCACGGGUCUCUCUCUCUCUCUCUCUCUCUCUUUUGCCUGGCGACCCACCGCUUCCCCACCACCCCUCCGAAGGCGCUGCCGGCUCCCCCCCUCCGCUCUGACAUUAAUUUGUUUGUUUGGAGGCACCGCCGAGGCAGCCAAGGUUGGGCAUUCGUGUAAUUCUCUCCCCCUCCCCACCCUCCUUGUGCGAAGGAAGCGAUGAAAUUUCCAAUCGAGACGCCAAGGAAACAGGUGAACUGGGAUCCACAAGUUACUGUUCCGUCAGCUGUUCCGUCAGCUUGUGAAACUGAGACAAAUAAAACCAACGGACACCAUCCAGCACCCCGACUGUCUAUUUCCUCCCCCCGGACAACUGUGAUUGUCAGCAUGGAAACCCCCUCGCAGGGUUUGCAGACAGUCAUGAAGUGUAAAACAGUAGUGGCCAUCUUCUUUGUGGUUGUAGCCUACCUGAUCAGCGGAGGGCUUGUGUUCCGUGCCCUGGAGCAGCCAGAAGAAAGCAGACAGAAGAUCAGAAUAGCGGAGGAUAAAGCUAAAUUCCUUCAGAGGCACAACUGUGUAUCUUCAGAGGAGCUGGAGGAAUUGAUUCAGCGGGCUAUUAUCGCUACUAAUGCUGGAGUUAAUCCUGUAGGAAACUUUUCUAAUAGCAGCAGCCACUGGGACCUUGGAAGUGCCUUUUUCUUCGCUGGAACUGUCAUCACGACAAUAGGGUAUGGAAACAUUGCUCCUAGCACAGAAGGUGGAAAAAUCUUCUGCAUUUUGUAUGCCAUCUUUGGGAUCCCACUCUUUGGCUUUUUGCUAGCUGGCAUUGGAGACCAACUGGGGACCAUCUUUGGGAAGAGUAUUGCACGAGUGGAAAAGGUUUUUCGAAAGAAACAAGUAAGCCAAACGAAGAUCCGGGUGAUCUCAACCAUUCUGUUCAUCCUGGCCGGUUGUAUUGUUUUUGUGACCAUCCCAGCAGUCAUUUUCAAAUACAUUGAACAAGAAUGGUCAGCGUUGGAUUCCAUUUAUUUUGUGGUCGUCACCUUGACCACUGUUGGCUUUGGCGAUUUUGUGGCAGGAGGAAAUACGGACAUCCAGUAUCGGGAAUGGUACAAACCCUUGGUGUGGUUCUGGAUCCUGGUUGGCCUUGCCUAUUUUGCUGCAGUCCUCAGUAUGAUCGGAGACUGGCUACGGGUUCUUUCAAAGAAGACUAAAGAAGAGGUUGGUGAAAUAAAAGCCCACGCAGUUGAAUGGAAAGCCAAUGUGACUGCGGAGUUCAGGGAAACACGGAGACGGCUGAGUGUGGAGAUCCACGACAAGCUUCAGCGGGCGGCCACCAUCCGCAGCAUGGAGCGCAGGCGCCUGGGGCUGGACCAGAGAGCCCACUCGUUGGAUAUGCUGUCUCCGGAGAAACGUUGCGUUUUUGCCGCUUUGGACAGUGGCCGCUUUAAGGCUUCAUCUCAGGAAAGCAUCAACAACAAACCUAACAACUUGCGCCUUAAAGGGACCGAGCAGCUGAGCAAGCAUGGGCAGGGGGCAUCAGAGGACAACAUCAUCAACAAAUUUGGCUCUUCAUCCAAGCUGACCAAGAGGAAAAACAAAGACCUGAAAAAGAGCAUCCCCGAAGAUGUGCGGAAAAUUUAUGAGACGUUCCGGAACUAUUCCUUGGAUGAAGAGAAGAAGGAGGAGGAUUCCGAGAAAGUGUGCAGCUCAGAGCAUUCGAGCACUGCUGUUCUCACCAACUGCAUUGAGCAGCACAUGGACUUGGAGAACGGAAUCAUACCCACUGAAACCAAAGAAAAGGAACAUGAAAACAAAUCUUUACUUGAAGACAGGAAUUAAAUGUAAAAAAACCCCCCACCAUUAUUUGACUUUAAUGAACCAAUGUUAGUCUUUUAUACAUGUAUACGAUAUAUAUAGAUAUAUGUUUCAUGACACGUGCCUUAUACAGACUCCGAAUUGAAUCUGAACUAACAUAGCAUCCAAGAAUAUUUCACUGUGCCAUAAUGACGGAAGCUUGCUCUGCCAAAAGGAAUCAUUAAGGCAACAUGGAAGAAUGGCAUCUCACAGUGGAAUAUUGAUGAAUAUGUCAGCCUACGUAAAUGCUUGCCACUGGGGAAAUACCAGUGCCUUGGUAAUGCAGCUAAAAAGAUGAUCACCAUGGCAGGAAUGUGUGUCUUUGAAGAACAUUCAGGAAGCAAGGAAAGAAAAGUGUCUACGUAAAUCUUUUCCAAUGGAUCACCAAGUUUCUUGCUCCUUUCACUACUGAAAUUCUGGGUUUUUUUUAAAAAAAGGCAAAACAAUGGGGGUGGGGGCUGUCGAUUUUUAAAAUAAGGCAGUGUUCAUGGUUUGGCAUGGGAUCCAAAUAUUGGUAGUUUCUCUGUUUUGUAUUAAAAAUACAAAAACAGCUUUCAGUACCCUCCCCCUCCCCAAAGAAUGAUCACGCACAAAGAGGCCGUCUUGACUUGAGUUAAAGCAUCAACAAAGGCAGAGCAGGUUGCUUUUUCCAGGAAAAAAAGAAAAGAAAUACACAAAAACAACACAUUGUGACUAUUUAUUAUAACAAAUGGAAAUUAAAAAGUGGGGAAAAUGGCAAAAAUAAGUGUUCCCUUCACCUUUGAGAGAAGAACCCAUUAUAAACAGACAAUACACUGGGAAAAAAACUGAUUAGAGAGGAAAUAUAUUGAUAACCUUGUGCUUGGUUCAAUAAGCAGUGAGCCACUUGGUUUUUUAAAAAACAAAAUUUUGCGUUCACACUUUGUAUCACUGAAGGAACUACCAUUUUAAUGAUAUAAUUUUCGGAAGACAGAAAGCAAAGCCUUUGCAUGAUGUCAACAGUUUGCUAUUCUCUGUAGCGGAAUUUGAAUUUUUAAAAGUAGACAUAAGUGCAUAUUCCAUGUUAGGACCAGGGGCGGGGCAACUUUUAAAUCUCAGGGCUCGGUGUCCCUAUUUGGUGGGCUAGGGUUUAGAUAACAGAUGCAAACAACUCCAAAAUUCCAUGAAGCCGUGUUAAAAUCUGAAGGAAAGAUUUUAAGUGCUUACAGCUUUAAGUGCCAUUAAUACCAUCAUUGUGCAACUGUUAAAUCAAAUACUUUGCUUAAAA